UGCCAGCACAUGUAGGGCUGCAAGGAAAUGAGAAGGUAGACAAGUUGGCAAAAAGGGCACUGAGAGCAAAUAGGGUUGAAAUGCAAGUAAGCAUUAGUAAGGCAGAAAUGAAAAGUGUAAUUAAGGGAAAAAUUAAUCAGAAAUGGCAGAGCAUGUGGGACAGAGAGAGCAGAGGAAGACACCUGUAUCAAAUCCAACAAAAUGUUAGACCUUCAAGGAUUGCUGGCAAAGGCAGGAGAGAGGAGAUUGUGAUAACAAGACUAAGGAUCGGACACAGUGCCUUAAACAAAACGUUAAAAAUAAUAGGGAAGCAUAACUGGUUUGUGUGAGGAGUGUCAGGAGGAGGAAUCAGUAGAGCAUGUAAUUCUGAGGUGCAGGAGGUAUGAAACACAGAGGGAGAUGAUGAGGAGGGGGCUGGUGGAUGCAGGAGUAAAGGAAAUAUCACUAAAAGGAUUGUUGGACAUGAGUGACAGGUCUCAGCAAAGGAUGCUAUUAGAAUUUUUAAGGAGUACGGGGUUGUUUAAUAGGAUUUGAGGAGUCAGGAUGAGGAGUGAGAGUCAGUGAAGUAGGUUUGUUGUAUAGGUGUGUAUGCUUGUAUAUGGGUUGAGCAGAGCCAAAAAUCCGUAAUGAUGGGGGGCGGUAAUGCACCAGAGUGAUGGAUGCCAACCGCCGUAAAAUCCGAAGAAGAAGAAGAAGAAGAAGAAGAAGAAGAAUGCGCAUGAGCACUGGACUGGAAUCGGAAAGGUGGCGGCAAGAUCAGGCAUGUUUCGAGAGUUGGACAGGUCUUAGUCAUUGUGCAGUUACUGCGACCAAAGCAAGCAGUAGUAACUGCUCGCUUUACGGCAUUUAGACAACUUAAAAUUGUUUGACAGUUUACCGAAGCUACGAGGAGUUUUUAUAAAGUGCGUCAUAUUUAGCACAACGGUAACGUUAGUUAGGUGACGAAUGCUGCUGCUGCUGCUGGUCGAAGCUAGGAGACAAUAAUGCCUUCACUAACUCUGAACGGAGUGACAGUGAAUUUCCCCUUUCCUCCAUAUGACUGUCAGAAGGACUACAUGAGCAAAGUGAUUGAGUGUCUUCAGAAGUCACAGAAUGGUGUCCUGGAGAGUCCUACAGGUACUGGUAAAACCCUCUGCCUCUUGUGUGCCACCCUUGCCUGGAGAGAACGCCUCAAGGACACCAUCUCUGCCCACAAGAUAGCAGAGAGGCUAGGUGGAGAGGAGAUGUUCCAAAACAGACCCCUGUCAUCCUGGGGAACAACUGCUACAGACAGUGACACACUAGCCCACUACACCGAUCUUCCCAAGAUCAUCUACGCAUCCAGGACACACUCUCAACUCGCACAGGUCAUCAAUGAGUUAAAGAACACCUCAUACAGGCCAAAGGUGUGUGUGCUGGGAUCCAGGGAGCAGCUGUGUAUCAACCCGGAAGUGAUGCGUCAGGAGAGCAACCAUGUCAAGGUUCAUAUGUGCAGAGCAAAAGUUUCCACCAGGUCAUGUAUCUACUACAACAACACUGAAGAGAAGAGCACUGACAGAGACUUGGUGAAUUCUAUCCUCGACGUGGAAGACUUGGUCAAAUUUGGCAACAAACAGAGGGUCUGUCCUUACUACCUCUCCCGUUCCUUGAAGCAGCAAGCAGAUGUCAUUUUUAUGCCAUACAACUACCUGCUGGAUCCGAAGAGCCGCAGAGCGCACAAUAUUGAGCUAAACAGAGCUGUGGUCAUCUUUGAUGAAGCUCACAAUGUGGAGAAAACAUGUGAAGAAUCAACAUCAUUUGACCUAACUCCCUACGACCUAGCCUCAGCCAUUAAUGCUGUGGACAGGUUGCUGGUGGAGCAGACUAAAGGAGCCAUUCAUGGAGACUCUAUCAAUGAAGACUUGAAUGUAGAAUCCCUCAACUCAGGUUUAAAUGUGGCCACAAUUGCUAAAAUCAAACAGAUACUGCUGGAUCUGGAAGCUGCCAUCGAUUCCUAUGAUGUUCCAAGUGAAAAGGGCAUCACUAAACCUGGAAUUUUUAUCUAUGAGCUGUUAGAGAGAGCCCACCUGACUUACAACAGCAAGACGGCAGUCUGUGAAGCUCUGGAGCAGAUCACUGGAUACUUAGCAGGACAGCAAGGAAUAUUCCUGAACACAAGUGGACUGCAGAAGCUGGCUAAUCUUACACAGCUGGUGUUCUGUGGUGAGCCAUCAGAGAAGGACAGACCGCAGCAGAUGCAGUCCAACACGGCUUAUUUUAAGGUUCAUAUCCACAGAGAUACCAGCUAUCAGAAGAAAACCCAGAGCACUGAUGUGUGGGCUUCAUCUUCAUCAAAGAAACAAGGCAACAUUCUGAGUUACUGGUGCUUCUCUCCUGGCUUCAGCAUGCAGGAUCUGGUGAAUCAAGGUGUUAGCUGCAUCAUUCUGACCAGUGGUACCCUCUCUCCCCUGACCUCAUUCACCUCUGAGAUGAGGAUAAAGUUUCCAGUGAGUCUGGAGAACAGCCAUGUGAUUGAGCGAGACCAGAUCUUUGUUGCCGUCAUUGAACAGGGCCCAGAUGGAGUGCCAUUGAGUUCAGCGUUUGAUCGAAGGUUUCUUCCUGAAAACAUGGCAUCUUUAGGAAACACUGUUGCCAACCUGACCCGUGUGGUUCCUCAUGGUCUCUUAGUAUUUUUUCCUUCCUUCCCUUUAAUGGAAAAAACCCUGGACUUCUGGAGAGCUAAUGGGCAUGCAGAUCGCAUUGAGAGCAUAAAGCCCAUGUUUGUAGAGCCCAAAGGAAAGGGCAUCUUUACUGAGGUUAUUGAUGGAUAUUACAACAAAAUCAAUGACCCAUCAUCCAAAGGAGGAAGUUUCUUUGCUGUGUGUCGAGGGAAGGCGAGCGAGGGUCUGGAUUUUGCAGACACCUUUGGUCGGGGUGUCAUUAUCACAGGCCUUCCUUUUCCUCCUCGGAUGGACCCUCGAGUCAUCCUGAAGAUGCAGUUCUUGGAUGAGAUGAGUCGGCAGAAAGCUCCUGGGCUGAAGUACCUGUCUGGGCAGGAGUGGUACAGACAGCAGGCUUUCAGAGCUGUGAACCAGGCCAUCGGUAGAGUCAUUCGCCACAAGGAGGACUAUGGAGCCAUCUUGCUGUGUGAUCAGAGGUUUAAAAGCUCUGAUGCCAGGACUCAGCUUCCAUCAUGGGUCAGGCCUCAUGUGCGUCUGUAUAGCAGCUUUGGGAACGUAAUCCGUGACGUCUCCCAGUUCUUCAGGGUUGCACAGAAAAUGAGACCCGUGGCUGAGAAGAAGGUUGCAGCAGAGAGCUGUGGAACAGUGUCGUUACCAGACACUCGGUCCUCUGACUUCAGUCCCUGCUCAUCCUCUCAAAGCUUCCACACCCAGAAGGCCAAGGUGCUGGAUGCCCAUCUUCCCAGCCUGAAGAGGAGGAGACUCAAUGAACACACUGGAGCUAACGGGAUGGCCAGGGUGUGUAUAGAGUAUGACUGUGAGAUGCAGGAGAGCCAGAAGAGACCGGCCAACCUGCUGGAUGCUCUGGAGCAAGGAGAUCAUUGCAGUGGAGGGGAUGAUGCGGGAGUAGGAGAAGAGAAGGCAAACCGUUUGUCCACGCUGUCUCUUCAGUGUGACAAGAGGAUGGAUGAUGAAUUGCGGGGAGGAAAACGUAAAAUCAAAUUGGUCCAAGAACAGAAAACGUGCGUGUCGAAGGAUGUCUCUGAGGAUGGUUCAGCCAGCAGAGUUAAAAAUUUCCUGGGAGAGAUGAAGAAGUCACUGAGCCAGAUCAGCUUUGACCGCAUCAUACAGGCUCUGCAGACCUACAAGAAGAAUAAAAACCUGGACGUCUUGCUCGCUGAGACAGCUGUCUUAACUGAGGACACUAACACUCACAGUCUGCUCCGGGGCCUCUACCAGUUCAUCCCCCCACAUCACAAAAAGAGGUUUGAUGAGAAAUGCAAGGAGCUCACGGGGCAGGGCUGUGGAUACAAACCAUAUCACUCACUGUCGAAAGAAGAAAGAGAGACUCUGAUGCAGCAGAACGGCUCUGCUCCAAAGAGUGACGUCCCUGCUGCCUUUAUGGCUGAUGUGAAAAAAGCCAUGGGAGCAGAAAAAUCCAAUGUGUUCUUCAGGGCCGUUCAAAGCUAUAAGAAGACGGGCUGCUAUGAAAACCUGGUGACCACACUGGCGAACUUAUUCACAGAGAGAGAUGAGGACUUCAGCCUUCUAGUCAGAUUUGGCGCAUUUAUUCCUGCUCGCCAUAAGCAGCAGUACAAAGAGAUGUUGGAUGGUUUGAUGGGUCAGUCCGUCUCUGCUGCUGACGUUCCUGCCGUGAGUGAGGACCAACAAAGUCACAGUGAAGAACAACCCAAUGUAUUGUAGUAUAAUAGAAACAUGUCUUUAUUUCUCAUAUCUUGUCUCAUACUUUUUGUAUUUUCAUCUAAUAUUAGAGAAGAGCUCAGAGGUCACUGAAGUCAUUGGGAAUCAUCUUCAUGGAGACCACAGAUAUCUUUAACAAACCUUAUGGCAGUCCUGCCAGUAGAUGUCAGUGUUUGACAGUUGGUGGUUGCCCUGCACCACAGUGUUGGAGCAGCCUUUCAAUCUGAAGUGAAAAUGGUUUACGGAAUUUUGCUAGGAUUUAGAGAUGAACAGCCAGCACCUUUGGCAGAUGCUACCAGAAGCUUACCCAUGCUUCCAGUAAAAAGUGUAGCUAAACACACCACUGAGAUGCCACUGUUUUGAAAACACCAAGAAGAGUGACAAAGUUCUUGUAAACCAGAAGGUCUUACAGAUAGUAGCACAGGAUUUAGGACAUUUGACUGUGAAGAAACAUUAGAAUCCUGCACAGUCGGCCUUACUCAUAUUCACAUUAUUAACAAUGUUUCGGGAGAUCUGAGGACCAAAAGGUUGUUAAAAAUGACUGCAAGUGAACAGCAUGACUGCAAGUAUUAUUUUUCUUUAAGUUACCAAGUUCUUUCAUGCCCAUUGGUUUCUGCCAAGAGGUUAUUACCAGGUCUGAAAAGUGAAGCUAGAGCUGAAGUGCCUUAAACCUGCAUUCUUUCUAAUGACUAUCAGGGGGCAACUCCACUAGUUAGAAAAAUAAGUCAGAUUGUGUGGAAGUCUAUGAGAAAAUGACCCUACGUCUUACGUAAUCUACCUCAGUAGACAUUUUCCUAACUACUUUAUGGUCUCAAGUCUUCAGUCUACAGUAUGAUGUUAAUUUAGUGAAUUAUGGCCUCAUUUAAAGGAAAAUAGAUGAUAAAGCAGACAAAGCUUUAGGGCUUGGUUAACUUAAGAUUGACAAGUCGGUACCAUGGCAGUGUCCUCAGGUUCUCAGACAGAUUCAACCCUUGUUACAUCACAGCUCCACCCUCUCGUUCAAGCAUGGUCACUUCUGGCUCCAAAAAAACAAAAUGGUUUUUUGGCUUCAAAACGGGAGUCCACAAACCAACGGUUUGACCCACGGUAGCUACGUCCAUUAUUUUAUACACUCUAUGGCUCCUACUGAAGAUGUAAAAUCUUAAAGGGGCCAUACACAUGUCGUGUUUUAUGCAUCCUCAGAUUUAUUGUUUUCAAUGUAGAAGCAUGGCAGGCCAGGCAUGCUCAAAAGCCAGAGCGACGCACUUGUGUUCCCGAGCGCCUGUUUUUCAAGGCGUGAUGGCUGCACCCUGAGAUAAACAGAGUUCAACUUUUGGAACACAGCAGUGCGCACCGCAUGUCAUGUGACGAGGAACAACCAAUCACAGCUGACAGAUACCUUUCCCUUCAUCUGUAAAUAUCAGUCUGUGAUAAAUAUGGAGAAGAAGUUGCUCAUUUUAGUUCAGAGCUGCCAGAGCUUUGCAUUUGUCCCAUGGACAAUAUUUUGGGCCUAAUGCAUUGGUUCCCAACUGGUGGGUUGCGGUCCAAAAGUGGGUCAUAGGUCCAUUCUGAAUGGACACAAGCAAGUAAACUUUGUGAAAAACACACUUCAUAUUGAAGUACAGUGAAUUUCUAGCACAGUGUUGUUUCAUGCGAUAGAGUGAGUGACUAACAGACAGCUACUUGACAGAGACAGCAAACUAGCUCAACAACAUGGCCAAACACAAGUAUGAUGCUGAAUAUAGUAAACUGUGUGGACCUUGAACUAAUGACUAAGGAGAAGUCUAGAAUCCAUGGUUGGACCAGUUGGUAACCACUGGCCUAAUACACAUUUACAAAACAACACCUGGAAGAAGAUCAGCUCUGUACUCAGGAUUUCUGGUAUGUACACUAUAAUAUGGUGCUACUCACGGUUGCUUAGCAACCUCAGAUGCAACCUGUCUCUGCGCCCUUGAAAGUAGGCACAAGAGUACCACCCAGCACCCAACCUCGCACGUUUCAUCAUCACUGUCUUUAAGACACAAAACCAUACAAAGUGAAGUUACAGAAACAUUGUGUGGGUGUUUCAGAUAGCUCUGAACUGUUACUGCUGACAAAACCCUGUACUCUGCUCUGUUAAGGGGCAAUAUCUGGUCAUGGCUUUGUAAUGUAACUGUAAAGAAUGUGCACAGCCUGUUCUCUAUUUCAUUGCUCUGUAUUAAAUUAAUGUCAUGAUAAUGUCGUAUGGAGAAGUAUUGUGUUGUUUGUUUUUAAGGGUUUUUUUGCUAAUAAAAUAACAGUUGUCUUCUGUAACAGCUAAGCCGUGCUUGCUUCCUCAAUGUAUGGCAGUAGCUUAGUCUGUAGGGACUUGGCUUGGGAACCAGAGGAUCAUCCCCAUCCAGGCCAAAUAUGGAGUGUGGACUGGUAGCUAGAGAGGUGCCAGUUCACCAGGGCAACUGCUCAGGGCACCUGUCCAUGGCAGCCCCCUCACUCUGACAUCUCUCCAUUUAAUGCAUGUAUCCGUCCUGUUUGUGAAUGUGUGUGUAUAUGACAGAGUAAAAAAUAAAUUGA